AUGUCUCUUUUACAAGCGAGCAGGAUGACGUGGUCUAAAGCUGGCUAUAAAUUCAAGUUCUCGACUAUCCCCAGCACUUCAAUGAUGGUCUUACACCCAAAGCGAUCCAAAUCUUCCAGCAGUAUCACCACCACUUCCGACAAAAAAAAUUACACUGUACUUCCUCCGCGUUAUGGUCCGAAUCCCUCGAAUCCUAGUUCUUACAAAAAUGGGCCAUCGGAACUGGAUACACAAUUCUGGUAUGAAACCGUGGGAGCGGCAGUGAGAACACUCAUGGAAGGUGCCAACUAUGAUCCUGCCAGAAUUGAGGCAAAUCUCGCUUUUGUUUCGCAAAGCGUGGCGCCUUACUUGGGCCAACGCCCCAUCCAAGGCCAGGUUCCUCCAUGGAGGAGCUUCAUGACUGAUGAUUUCUCCCUCCUGGAGUACAGUUGGAGCUGGGAGAAAUCGCAUCCAAUCAUCCGAUACAGCUUCGAGCCUAUCGGGCAUAUGGCCGGUACUGCAUUAGAUCCCUACAAUCACAACACACCCAUGCAGUGGGUUGAUCACAUCCGCCACAAGUUUCCCUCGGCGGAUUGGGAGUGGUUUAAUCACUUCGCGGGUGCUUUCUACCAGGAUCCUAGUCCUCCAAUUGGAGGCAAGGCUGGACAACUCCUCGGCGAUACGACGAAAACGUCCAGCCCGUCAUCCAUAUUUGUUGGUUUUGAUCUUGGACGCAAUGGCUUAAUGGGUAAAAUGUAUCUCGUCCCUGUAAUAGCAGAGCAGACUGGCCAAUCGCGAUUUACUAUUCUCAAUGACACCCUGCGGACUCUCCCGAAUUGUGGUGAACUACUUGCCUACAGACACCUCGAUCAUUUCUUACGACUCCGGAAUGAGACAGUCCCGCUGCAAAUACUCGGCGCCGCGGUCGAUUGUACUGAUCUGGCACAAUCCAAAUUGAAAAUUUACUUUCGGUCGCCGGCGACGACAUUUGCAAGUGUCAAAGAUAUACUCACUGCUGGAGGCACCAUUAACUCCUGGGAUGAUCAUCAAUUGGGAGAACUUCGUGACCUGUGGUUGAAGGUCCUCGGUCUCCCUUCUGAUUUUCUUGAGGACAUGGGGCUCUCAGACACGACUCACGAGACUGGCGGGGKCUUGUACAACUACGAUAUCAAACCAGGUAAUGAGCAGCCGGAGACCAAGGUGUAUAUUCCAGUCCGGCAUUACGGCCAAAAUGACCGUGCAAUUGCACAGCAAUUAGUAGACUUUCUCCGAGCACGACUUGGGCAUGAAGAAAAGUACUACCAGAGCUUUUUCCAAGUGCUUGACAAUUUGUCUUCUUUUAGGGACUUAGGUCAGGGAUGUGGAAUGCAGACAUAUAUUUCCUGCGGCAUCAAGAACGGGAGACUUUGCAUCACUUCGUACCUGUCCCCGCAGAUCUAUCAUCCUAGCCGGUGGUUGACGGCGGAAAAGUGA